AUGGCUUCAAACAAUCAUCAUCAAAUUGGUAUAGAUGCAAAUGGUUUGAAAAUGGAUAAAGUUGUGUUCAAAUUCGAUAAUUACGAAAAAAAAGUAUUUGAUCUACAAAUUAAAGGUUCAUUUGCACCAGGCGUUUCAAAUGGUGUAAUCAAAUUGUUUGGUUCAGAUGAUGGUGUUGCGCAAAGUUUCAUUGCAAAUAAUAAUAAUAAUAAUAAUAACAGUAAUCAUGAAGUAGUACUAUCAAUAACACCAAUUUGGUUCGUAAACGAUUUUGUAGCACAAACAGAAGCAAAUGGUGAUAAUGAUCAACAAAUAUCAGAAUUGAAUAUGUGUCAAUUGUCAACAAAAGUUACCAAUAAUGAAGUAUAUCUCAUAAAAGAUAUAAAAGCUGAAAUUCAGAAAAUUCCAAAUUUUCUAACAAAACAUAAUACAUCUUUUCAACAACUAUUACAACAGGCACAAUCAUUACUACAAUCAACAACAACUACUACAGGUAACAAAGUCGAAUCAUUACGAAAAGUAGCACUAGUUAUCUAUAAAAUCAUGAUUAUACAAACUUGCCAUCUACUUUGGACAACAUAUCUACAAUCAGGCCAGGGACAAUUAUUGAUACCAUCUGAUCUAACAAAAGUAUCAGUAUGGCCAAAAGAGCUUAAAAUUUUAUAA